CUGGCAAAGAAAUACCAUCCUGAUACAAAUAAGGAUGACCCUAAAGCUAAAGAGAAGUUCUCUCAGCUGGCAGAAGCCUAUGAGGUGCUGAGCGACGAGGUGAAGCGGAAGCAGUACGAUGCCUACGGCACGGCCAGUUUUGCCCCCGGCGCGGCGGGUGCCGGCGCGGGCAGCGGGCGCCAGUACUGGAGCAGCGGCCCCUCCAUCGACCCUGAAGAGCUGUUCAGGAAAAUCUUUGGGGAGUUUUCGGGAUCCCCUUUUGGGGAUUUUCAGAGUGCCUUCGAUCAGCCACAGGAGUAUAUCAUGGAGCUGACGUUCACCCAGGCUGCAAAGGGGGUCAACAAGGAGAUCGUGGUGAACAUCAACGACUCCUGCGAGCGGUGCCACGGCAAAGGACACGAACCUGGCACCAAAGCACAGCGCUGCCACUACUGCAAUGGCACUGGCAUGGAGACGAUAAACACGGGGCCCUUCGUCAUGCGGUCCACAUGCCGGCGGUGCGGCGGGCGCGGCUCCAUCAUCACCACGCCCUGCGUGGUCUGUCGGGGCACAGGGCAAACCAAGCAGAGGAAGACAGUGAUGGUGCCUGUGCCAGCUGGUGUUGAGGAUGGGCAAACAGUUCGGAUGCCUGUGGGGAAGAAAGAAAUUUUCAUUACGUUCAGGGUGCAGAAAAGUUCUGUGUUCAGAAGAAACGGAGCAGAUAUCCAUUCAGAUCUCCUCAUUUCAGUAGCACAGGCUGUUCUGGGAGGCACAGCCAGAUGUCAAGGCCUGUACGAGACCAUCAACAUCACAAUACCCCCUGGCAUUCAGCCAGAGCAGAGGAUUCGGAUGAGUGGGAAGGGCAUUCCCAAGGUGAACAGUUAUGGCUACGGCGACCACUACAUUCACAUCAAGAUUAAAAUCCCUCAGAGGCUGACGGAUCGCCAGAGAGCCUUGAUGAUGAGCUAUGCUGAGGAAGAGGCAGACGUGGAGGGGACAGUGAACGGGGUGACCAACACGGCCUCAGGGAAGCGUUCUACUGGGAACUGAGAGCCACCAGCAGCA